CUGUUGCUAUACGAGUUGGGGCAUGCUUUGUGAAGGUAGAGGAUGAUGGAUCUGGUAUUACUCGGGAUGGAUUGGUUUUGUUGGGAGAAAGAUAUGCAACAUCCAAGCUGCACCAUUUGGCCGAAAUGGAUGCUGCUAGUCGAAGCUUUGGUUUCCGAGGAGAAGCAUUGGGUUCCCUCUCUGAUGUCUCCUUGUUAGAGAUCAUAACCAAAGCUCAUGGGCGGCCAAGUGGAUACCGCAAGGUCAUAAAGGGAUGCAAGUGUUUGUAUCUUGGAAUUGAUAACCAUAGGCAAGAUGCAGGUACAACAGUCAUUGUUCGCGAAUUAUUUUACAAUCAACCAGUUCGAAGGAAGUCUAUGCAAUCCAGCCCCAAGAAGGUCUUGCAUUCGGUCAAGAAAUGUGUACUUCGAAUUGCCCUUGUGCAUCCGCAUGUUUCAUUCAAAGUCAUCGAUAUUGAGAGUGAAGAUGAAAUGCUUUGCACACCUUCUUCCUUUUCUCCUUUGUCACUAGUGAUGAGCAAUUUUGGUUUUGAGAUUUCUAAUUCUCUUCACAAACUGAGUUUCUCUGAGGGCUCAUUGAAGCUUUCUGGGUAUUUAAGUGCUCCUGGUGACUCCUUCCCCAUGAAGGUUUUACAAUAUGUUUACAUCAACUCACGGUUUGUCUGCAAGGGUCCAAUCCAUAAACUGCUUAGAAAUUUGGCUUGUAGUGACAAGUGUUUGGAUCUGUGGAAGAGAGAAACCGAGCCCCAAUAUGGGAAAAGGACUAGGCCCCAAGCUUAUCCGGCAUAUAUCCUGAACUUGUGUUGCCCUAAGUCUAGCUAUGAUUUAACUUUUGAACCGUCAAAAACAGUUGUUGAAUUCAAGGAUUGGGUUCCUGUACUUGCCUUUGUUGAGCAUUCUAUCAAGCAAUUCUGGCAACAAAUUCCAAUCCAAGACACUGUCCAUGCUUGUGAGGCAUUAGGAGGAUAUGAAAUAUGCAGGGAAGAGGACAAGAUUGCAUUGCCAGCACAUGAUAUGUCAGUGAAAUCUGAAGCUGCAAGAAAGAAGUGUCGAACCCAAUAUGACUUGAUUGAUAUUAGCCCAUACUCUUGCCCUAUGAAUGUCCAAUCUGAAGAGUAUGAUCUUGUAUCCCACCACAAGAACUGUAACACUCCAUCGAGGAAACUUCGUAGAAAUACUCCAUGGUUUGAAGGACAAAAUACCAAGACAGGAUAUGAUCAUUACUGUGGGUAUGCUUUCCAAGUCAUGACUCCAACUUCAUUGUGUUCUUCUAUUGCAAACCAUAUGCCAGAAUUUUGUCCGGAGGGUUGCAGCCAUACAUGGACACCUGGCAACAAUGUUUUUCCUUCGGUGGAUAAUUUCUUGAAGGAUGAGUUAGAAGGUUCUAUCUUAAUCUCAGGAUUGGGAAAUGAAUCUCCUAACAAUAGCAGAGGAUCCACAGGGUGGCUUUCGACAUGCAACAACCAGUUCAGAUACAGAAACAGUGUGAGGGAAGAUUCAUUUCCUUCAGACUCUACAAACAGUCUUACGAUACCUCUUUUGGGGCAUCGCUCGUUGUUGAGAAAUGUGCCAUGUGAAGGUUCAUUGAAAUUUAAUACAAGCCAUGAAGAAAUUGAAUGCUCAAUGCCGAGAAAUGUAUUAUAUGAAGGGUCAUUGUAUACAAGCCAUGAAGAAUUCGAAGUUCACAAUGAUAGAUUCAACAGCAAAACAAAACCAUCUGAUCCUGACGAAUUGAUGGGUGUUCGAUAUGAUGAUGAGGAUAACCAGAGUUUUCAUUUCUCUUCAAAAGCUUCAUGGCAGAAUAGGCCAGAAACUUCUCAACUGUCCUCCGGAAGCAUUAAAAAAUGCAGCAAAGCUACAGAGUUAGACAUGUUGCCAAGGGACUUCAUUAAACGAUAUCCUUCUGCGUCUGAUAAGAUGACAAGUGUCUUGGAUGCUGAGAUAGGUCAAAAAAAUUAUGAUUUCUUUGGGAAAUCUACUUGGCAGGAUGAGGCAGAAACCUCUCGACUGUCCUCCAGCAGCAGCAUCACAAAAUGCAGCACAGCUACAGAAUUAGAUAUAUUGCCAAGGGACUUCAUGAAACCGUCUCCUUCUGAUUGGGAGUUCUUUACCGAAGAGAGUGACCUUCCAAAUGAUUCCCUCCUGCAAGUUGGAGAAAUAGGCUCUAAUCAUCAAUCCAGAAACACUGAAUGGUGUUACAAAACCUCUGAUUCUAUUUCUUGGGAUGCACCUUGGAAGGGUGAACAUUUUUCUGGUGACUAUGCAUGCAGAAAGAAUUUUAGGUCUACCAAGAGUUCUAUGUAUGCACUUUCUGAAUUUGGAGAAGGGAACAAUGAAUAUGAUGUUUUUGGUUAUGAUACUAUGCAGAAUAGUCCCACUGAAGAAUGUUGCCCUGUUGUUUGUAGGGAAAUCUUUUCUGAUAAAUCAACUGAUGUGAUAGGAUGGUUAGGUUUAGACCCUUCAAGGACAGAUAAUUGUACAGUACCCACACGGCCCUUUCCUUCUCCUUGUUACAAUAAUAAGGGAAACAAUCAAUGGGGUCUGGGAUCUCAAAAUUGUGUACAGGAUUAUGUUCAUAAGGGACAUUCCAGGAGAAGCCACUCAGCUCCACCAUUUCACAAGGGCCGUAAAGACUUCUCCGCUGUUUAUCACCAUGUGACUACUACAGCUGAACCUGAUGCAUGGAUUGUCCAUGAUGCCACUUCAUUACCAGGUGAUUAUAAAUCUAAGUCUUCAUCACAUUCUUUUGGUGUAUCUGAGGAAUAUUCUGAACGAAAUCUUUCUGAUGGUUCUUUUUUGUACAUGGGGACAAUCAAGGAGACAAAGCAACAUGGCAAACAAAAUAUCCAUGGUAUCGAAAAGAUUACAGAGGUUGAGAAGAUAAACAACCCAGAUUCUCUUGAAGACCUCACAACCGAUUGUCUGGAAGAUUUGGAACUAUCUGGGGUCAAGUGGCGGAAUAGCCAUCUGCAGGUUACAGAUGGAAAUGAACCAGAGAAUUUGCACGGAUUAAAUGAUAUACUUGACGUCUCUUCCGGGAUCUUGCAACUUGCUGGUUCAUUAGUUCCUGAAUCUAUCAAAAAGGAUUUCCUUGAAAAUGCCAAGAUUCUCCUGCAGCUGGAUAAAAAAUUCAUCCCUGUGAUGGCUGGUGGAACAUUGACCCUCAUUGACCAGCAUGCUGCAGAUGAAAGGAUUCGACUGGAAGAGCUGCGUCAUAAGGUGCUAUCUGGUGAAGGGAAGACUGUUGCUUAUUUGGACUCUGAGCAAGAGUUGGUACUUCCUGAGAUUGGAUAUCAAUUACUGCACAAUUAUGCAGAACAGAUAAAGAAUUGGGGUUGGAUCUGUAACAUCCAUGCUAAUGUUUCAGGUUCCUUUAUGAAGAACAUGAACCUCCUAAACAGGCAACCAUCCAGUGUCACACUUCUUGCGGUACCUUGUAUUUUAGGUGUCAAUUUAACGGACAAGGAUCUUCUGGAGUUUCUGGAGCAGCUUGCUGAGACGGAUGGAUCAUCAACUAUGCCGCCUUCUGUACUUCGAGUCCUCAAUUUUAAAGCAUGCAGAGGAGCAAUCAUGUUUGGGGACUCUUUGUUGCCGUCAGAAUGUUCAUUAAUUAUUGAAGAACUGAAGCAGACCUCACUGUGUUUUCAAUGUGCUCAUGGGCGACCAACAACCGCCCCUCUUGUCAACUUGGAGGCCUUGCACAAGCAGAUUGCUGAGCUUCAGUUGUAUAAUGAAAAUUCCAAUGGGUCAUGGCACGGUCUGCGUAGACAUAAGCUGAGUCUUGAACGUGUGAAACAGCGUUUAAGCUCAGGUAGAGAUUGAUGUGGAUGACAAGCAAGGAUGCGUUAAUGGUGUCAGGUUUAUGCCUACCCAUUUCCUUCCUAUCAAUUUUAAAGGCCUUGCACAAGUGGAUUGCUGAGCCUCAACUGUGAGUUUGCUUUUAAAUUACCUUUGGCAUUGACUUUCACUGAUAUGGGUUGGACCUAAAACAUGAAAAGCGGUAUUUAAGCUCAAAUUCAGUGAAGAUGAUAAGCGAAGCAAGGUUGCCUUCCUUUGUAAUUUGGUGGCCCUCAAUUGGGUGCCAAGCUUGUACAAUUCUGUUAAUUUGAAAUGCAUUCUUUGAUUUUUUUUUUUUUUUU